UGCCAUCACCAGGUCGUUAUGUUACUGACAACAACACCUGUAGUGAAAAUAAGUCACGUCUAACAACACCUGCGACCUGCCUCUGUCACCCUCAAUACAUGUCCCCCAUCAGAUGUCAACACUUGGUGCCUCUUGCCUCCAUCAACACCUGCCUCCCUUUAACACCUGUCUUCCUCAUCACAACUGUCCCCCUCAACAGCUACCUCUCAACUGUCUCCCUCAACCAUGGAGGAGGACGUCUCUACUCUCUCCUGGGUCAUGCCAUCAACAUUCGCCUCUAAUAAAUACACUGACUUUGGCUAGAUGAACAUGAGAGAAAAAAUUGGUGGAAAAGUACAGCUCGAGUGUGUGAUUUGUGGUGUUAUGUUGCCGUCGGUUCACGACUACCACCAACACAACAUUCGUCACCACUCGGCGGACCAGCUCUCCCGCGCCAUCCUCAAGCUCAGAAACUUACAGGUGUCAUUUAAUGAUCUACCCACAGGAGACGAUGAUUGGACUAAAGGAAGAAGGAUGAUCAAAGUUGAAGAUGAGGUUGAUGAUGGUCAGGAGAUUCAUCUAGAUAUGACUGAAGCAUUAGGGCUCCCUCUUAAGGUAGACCUGAUGGAUGAGGAGGUGAUUGAACUCGGACCGACGGACAACGCCGAUCAUUUGCAGGUUCAGAGUCGUCUGGUCAAGAACUCACAGGAGAGGAGACAGCAGUCGAGACAGGUGAUAGAGGUGAAGGAGAACCACCCACCGCCCUGUUAUAUCAACCCUGCCAUCGAAGAUCCUGAUGCUAUUGUUGUCAAGUUCAACAGAGAACUGGUCAUGGCACAAGACAGCAACAGUCGCCCAUCUGUAUGUCCUGAAGAUUAUCCAAGUAGUAGUAGGAAGAACAGGCCCAUUAAUAGGCAGAUGAGAGCAGUCGUCAAAACAACUAUCGAGAUUCCCAACCCAGAUGCUUUCAUUAUGGACUACAGGAAGGCCAUGUCUCGGUCCAACGAUAAGUACGUCAUGAAGAACGUUAACGUGAUGGACUCUCCUCAGAAGAAACGACGAGGGCGACCCAGAAAGGUUCCACCGGAAAGCAGCAGCGUUUACGUGCCGGCGACAGUGACACGGAGGAAGGCGGUGGGAGGCGAGUCUGAGUUUUCCGAAGAGGAUGAUGAGGAUGACUUAGAAGCGUUAGCAGAUCCUCCUCUUUUCUCUGAUGAUGAGGACGAAGAAGCUUCUGCUGUCAUCCCCAAUAUUACCCGAACGCGGUCCGGAAGGGCUAUCAAAAUCAAGAAAGAAGACGGCACGUUUAAGUACUACGACAUGCCCGGCAGACACCAGUGGGACAUGGAGACUUUGAGCGGCUCGAAUGACUGGGAUGAGGAGGCGGCUCCUCCCACAUUGGUUAGAGGAAGAAGAGGAAGAAAACGCAAACUGGUGAAUGAGUCGGCUGCAGUGGCUCCUGAAUCAACGGGCAAUAGUGACAUCAGUAAUAGUGCUCACGUUAAAAACAGCGAAUCGACAUUAUUGGUCGAUAUUAAGCGAGAAAAUUUAGAUGACUGUAGCAUUGACAAUUUAAUGAAGGAAGAUCUGAGUAUGCCAACAACUGAUCAGAUCGUGGAAGAUUCAAACGAAUUUGAUAAAUCCUCAAUAUCAGAAACAUUUAACGGCUACGAAUGUUUUUUGUGUUUCAAGACAUUUAACUUUAAGGAAGACUGUGAAAAACACAUACACGAACAUCUUCGGAAAGUAGUCGCCGACAGCAGUGACGCCACCGUAGCCAGUAGUUCACACACGUUCGACGAAAAGUUAUCCGAUGACUGCGACGAUGUAAAUAUAAAAGAUGGAAAUAACGCAUCAUUACUUUCAUCUAAAGGAGGCGAAACUAUUGCAAUAAACGUAAAUGAAGACUCGGUAAAAUCCGAGUAUAAUUCCUCGGCGAAUUUAGGUACUCAGGAUAUCAAAUGUACCGGUAAUGAAUCUUUUAUUUGUUCUGUAUGUAAUGAAGACUUUCAUUCCCAGACCGCCCUUCAAGAACACACUCACGAAAGUGUAUGUAAAUGUGACUUGUGUGGGAAGAAAUACCAGAACAGGAUCAGUCUACAAACUCACAUCAAGAGGUACCACGAAGACACCGACUGGAUGAAAUUCAAGUGCGCAACUUGUGGAAAGAAUUUUGGUUUCCUGACGGCCUUGGAGAGACACAUGAAGGAACAUAACCCCAAUCAGAAGUUUUGCUGCGAUCAGUGUGGGAAGGUCUUCAAAUCCCUGACCAAUCUUAAGAAUCACAUUCCAUUGCAUACUAAAGAUGAAGUUUAUGAAUGCCCUUAUUGCCCCAAAAGGUACUACAUUAAGUAUAGCUAUGACAAACAUUUGAGAACUCAUCUCUGUGCUCCUAAAUUUCAUUGCGAGGUUUGCGACAAAAAUUUUAGUGAAAAGAAGCAUUUUGCCAUUCAUUUAAAAAGACAUCAGACUGGAGGAAGUUUAGGAAGAAGUAAAAAUUUUAAGUGUAAUAAUUGUGGAGAUAUUAAGACUCCUACUGAAUUAGAUAUUGUGAGUGAGGCUGAUUCAGGCCACCACAAGAAGUGCUUGGAGUGUGGCAAGGGACUCUAUAAAAGAUUCAUGAUUGAAAAUAUGGACACGUCAUCAUUGCUGACCAAAACUGACAAACCAAGAGAGCAGUGCAAAAUAUGUGGAAAAUUCGUACUUAAUCUCCACAGGCACGUCAAGUACACACACCUAGCCAACGAGUAUGUACCUUGUGACGCGUGCGGAGUGGUAGUCACUAAGGGAUCGUUGCCAGCUCACAAAAACCGAAAGCAUGGAGGUUCUGCAGUCAUGUGUGAUCACUGUAACAGAGUUUUCAAAAACAUAAUGUGUCUACGGGAACACUUGACAAAGGUGCGAAGAAAAGAAGACCCAACCAAGAAUAUUUGCAAGUUUUGUAAAGAGGUGGUUGCUCCUGACGUCUGGAAAGAGCACAUGAUGAAACACACGACAAAAUGUAAUGACUGCGGAGCCUCGAAUUUCCCAACUCACGAAGAGUUUAUGGCUCACAUCGAGUCGUGUCGAAGGUGCAGUAAUUGUGGCAUGACUGACUUUACCUCACGAGGGGACUUCUUGGCUCAUAUUGAAAUGUGUGGCAGCAGCAUCGACAUAAUGACCGGCACUUUAGAUUCCUCAAACGACCAAGAGGUCGUAACAAGUAUAUUUGCUAUAGUAGACGAAAGCACGUGCUGCGAAACAUGUGGAGAGGUGUUUGAGGACCAGAGUUCUCUGGCUCACCAUAUCACAGAAGCUCACCCUAAUGCCCUUUCAUCUGGCCACAUACUUGAUCAGAGUGCUAUGAUUAAUGAGGCCAUCUUGUAUGCUUGUCCUCAGGAUGCAUGUGGGGUUAUUGUUGCAAGUAAGGAACUCUUGAAAGAUCACGUUAUUACUGUACAUAAUCUUGAUAAUUUCACUCAGUAGCUGUGUUCAGAAUUGUGGUUUAAUAAUGACAGAUGUAAAUAAUUAUGUAUUUUGAUAGUAAUAUAAUUGUACAAUUAUACAAUAAUACAAAUUUAUUAUGAAUUGUUAUAAUUUAAUGAGUUUACAAGUAAUUUUUUUGGAUACAGAAAUCUUACAUGUAAUUGAAUUCAAAUAAUAAAACUCCCAGAAUAGUUCAAAAUCUUUGUCCUUUAACAGGUUCAUAUAUCAUACUGUGUGAGAGGAUAAUGCUAAUAUAUACUGUAUCAGUGUUUAUGGACAAAAUUAAUCAGUGGCUCAGGUAACAUUUACGAUAGCUGAUUCUGUAAGGAUUGUGUUUUGGGGAACCUUGAGUUAUGACAGACGAGCUAUUUUACAUCACAUCCUAGAUACACUACAGGUUCCUGCCUUCAAGGACCCUCUGAACAUGGACCAAGUGUGCACAUAUCAGAAAUUGUAUACAUUUGUAUGUACAGUCAAUCAAAAAAGUAUUUGUACUUGAAGGGGGUGAUCGAUGAAUUUCUGAAUGAACACUGUGACUCCCGUUGUCUUGGUAGGAUUGCCAAAAUUCUUCAUCCUUUGUGUCAUAUUUUCAAACAAUUUUGUAAGGGUAGUUUUUUGAUUGACUAUACAUUUACUCUCAGGAAGGUUUUAUGUAUAUAUAUAUAUA